AACAAGUCUCUUAUGAUUUCACAGCAGAAGCGUUGAAUUGAAUCCCUGCGUUUUCUUCCCCGGAUCGACUCCACUCUGGGGAUCUCACUUCGUGUCUCCUCUCUGGAUCCCAUCUCUCCAUCCACCCAAUUUCUCAAACCGUUGUUGUUUAAAACAAAGGCGUACACACGCUACUUAUCUUGUAUAGUAAUAUAUCUACUGUAGGAGAUUGUUGAAGGGUCAGAUCCAUCUUUCACAUGAGAUUUUCUUAGGCGGUGGAAGAGGUGAAACUUUUGAAAUUUUAGUCAACUUUGCAGCUCAACAGAAUCUUCUAAGAAGCUACCUCACUAGACAGUGGUAAAGAUAAUGCUUCUGUAGAAAGGUAGGUAUUGUUAGCAAUAACACGAGGAGAUGGCUUUUUAUUCUGAGGAGAACAAGAGUGAAGACUACCUCUUCAAGAUUGUUCUCAUAGGUGAUUCUGCAGUCGGGAAAUCAAAUUUGCUCGCAAGGUUUGCUAGAGAUGAGUUCUAUCCCAACUCAAAGUCGACCAUUGGAGUGGAGUUUCAGACGCAGAAGAUGGAUAUCAACGGGAAGGAGAUCAAAGCGCAGAUAUGGGACACGGCGGGACAAGAACGUUUCAGAGCAGUCACUUCUGCGUAUUACAGAGGUGCUGUUGGAGCUCUUCUUGUUUACGACAUCAGCAGAGUGCAGACUUUUCAAAGCAUUGGUAGAUGGCUCAACGAGCUACACACGCACUCUGAUAUGAACGUUGUGACGAUCCUGGUGGGGAACAAGUCGGAUCUGAAGGACAUAAGAGAAGUACCAACAUCGGAAGGGAAGGCGUUGGCAGAAGCGCAGGGGCUCUUCUUUAUGGAGACGUCAGCGUUGGACUCGUCUAACGUGGCAGCUGCAUUCGAGACAGUUGUGAAGGAGAUAUACAACAUACUGAGCAGGAAAGUGAUAAGCUCACAGGAGCUAAACAAGCAAGAUCCUGCCUCGCUUAGCAAUGGCAAGAAAGUUGUGAUUCCAUCCGAGGGUGAGUCCAAGAAAGGUGGGUGUUGCUCUAGGUGAUAGACGCUGAUAUUUGUAGAAAGCUUAAAAAAGGGAAUCUGUUUGAAUUGUUUCUCUGUCCAUGCUGCCUGCCUGCCAUGAAUGUUGAAAAUUUGAGCUGUGUCUUGUGGUGUGGAAGUGUUUAGGUGUAGCAAGAAAUCUGUAAAUUUUCAACUGCAGAAGCUUUAUGAAAACUCAACACUCACUCCUAUCUAUAAAGUUUUCCACUUUCUUGUUG